AUGUCUCCUGAUCAAAUCGUCCUGGAUUUAGAUGCUAUAAGGGAGAGAUUUCUAUUUUUCAAUAAAACCUUCCCUAAGGAACAAAUAGACGAUUUUUACCAAUUUAAUACAAAUAAAUCAACUAAAGAAAAUUUGUCUCUGUUAUCAAAAGAAAUUUUGAACACUCCAUUUACAACAAAUUAUCUUUUCGCUUAUAAACCUAUCUUCUUAGCCAUUAUAGCACAUUGGACAUCCCGAACUGAUGAUAAUGAUCAUCUUUUAAAAGUCUUGGAGUCUACCUCCAGAAUAAUAAGCCUAUAUCCAAUCUCGAGAACUAUAAUUGAAGAUUUCUUAUCCAAAAACAAUGAUUUUUUCAUCACUAUUUUACAGAAUCCUUCUACUCAAGACAACAUCAGCAUUUUUAAAAUUCUUUUAUCCUACUAUCGAUUAGUAUAUCAUGAUAAUACCGUUUUUAUUAACUUUCUUAGACCUGAUGUUCUGUACUUCAUAGUCGAACAUCCUUUAACUUUACCAUUGACUAAAUUUCUUUCCUUAAAAUUACUAUCCAUUUAUUUACAAUUGAAUGAAAGUGGGUCCAUUGAUUUGUUUAGAAAGUAUUUAGAUUACAAUAAUCAUGAUGUAUUUUGCGGUCAAUAUGACACGAAUAAAUAUGCAAAUUAUAAAUUCUUAGAAUUGAAUGAAGCCAAAAGGUUUUCCAAUUUUACACUUUUACCUGAGGUAAAGGAAUGUUUCAUUAAUUCAAAGAUCACACAUACCAAGAGCUACUUUAUUAUCAACCCUUCUGACUUAAAUAGUAAUGUUGUGUCUAUUGGUGGUGUUAUUGUACCUAGAGUUCAUAUUACAAAUAAUGUUGAAAAUCAAUACCCUCCCACAUUUGUUCCAACUUUGAAAACUGUAACUGCGAUACGUCAAUUGGCUAAACUGUUACAAAAAUCAGAUCCAAUCAUGUUAUUAGGUAAAUCUGGUAGUGGUAAGACAUUUUUGAUUAAUGAACUAAGUAAAUAUGUUGGUUGCUACGAUUCAAUAGUCAAAAUCCAUUUGGGUGAACAAACUGAUGCAAAAUUAUUAAUUGGUACUUAUACAUCUGGUGAGAAACCAGGUACUUUUGAAUGGAGAGAUGGUGUAUUGACAACAGCUGUCAAAGAAGGUCGAUGGAUUCUUAUUGAAGAUAUAGAUAAAGCUCCUACUGAAGUGUUAUCUAUCUUACUAUCGUUAUUAGAAAAACGUGAGUUUACUAUACCUUCCAGAGGUGAAACAGUAAGUGCAGGUAAUGGGUUCCAAUUGAUAUCUACUGUCACAUUAACUGAAGAUAUGAUCAAAAAAAAUAGUACAGCUGAUUUAGUAGCCAAUAAUUUCAAUUUGAAUAUGAUAGGUAUGCGAAUUUGGAAAAUAGUUUACCUUGACGAGCCAUCAGAAAAGGAUUUAACCUUAAUUUUAACUAAAAGAUAUCCAGUAUUAACUCAACUGAUACCAAAACUUAUACAUUGUUAUAAAACUGUCAAAUCAAUAUACCUGGAUCCAAGAUUCGUUUCAUUAAAUAAAGGUGCACAUUCACGCGUCGUUUCCAUAAGAGAUUUAGUGAAAUUAUGCAAUAGACUUAAUACCCUUUUCAAAAAUAAUAAUAUCCACAAACCUGAUCAAUUGAUUGAGUCAUCUAUAUAUGAUUCCAUUUUUGCUGAGGCAGUUGAUUGCUUUGCUGGCGCAAUCAGUGAAUUUAAAGCUUUGGAGCCAUUAAUCCAUAACAUAGGUGAAUCUCUUGAAAUUGCUAAUUCUAGAAUAUCAUUAUUCUUAACAAGGAAUACCCCUAAAUUUGAAACUUUUAAUGAUCAUGUGAUAAUUGGAAGAGCUAAAUUACACAAAUCCACUUUGUCAUUACAAAAGAAGUCUAUCAAUUCUACAUCUUUUGCAUUUACAAACCAUUCUCUUAGAUUAAUGGAACAAAUUUCUGUUGCUGUUCAGAUGACUGAACCAGUAUUAUUAGUAGGUGAAACAGGUACUGGUAAAACCACAGUUGUUCAGCAAGUUGCCAAAUUAAUGAACAAAUCACUUACUGUUAUCAAUGUUUCACAGCAAACAGAAACUGGUGAUUUACUUGGUGGAUACAAACCUGUUAAUUCAAAAUCGGUGGCUGUUCCAAUACAAGAAGAGUUUGAAACAUUAUUUGCUGCCACCUUUUCAAUUAAGAAAAAUGAACGUUUUUAUAAAAUGUUACAUAAAUGUUUUAAUAAAGGCCAAUGGAAAAAUGUUGUAAAACUUUGGAAAGAAGCUUACAAGAUGGCUCAAACCGUUUUAAAAAAAGAAGAUAAAACAGCAUCUGCUGUUGAUGAAAACAGGAAGAAAAAGAGGAAGUUAAAUAAUUAUCAAAAAGAAUUACUUUUGAAACAAUGGUCUGAAUUUGACAAUAAUGUAACUAAAUUUACAGCACAGUCUAGUUCUCUCGAAAAUUCAUUUAUAUUUAAUUUUGUUGAAGGUUCCCUUGUUAAAGCUGUUAGGAAUGGUGAAUGGUUAUUAUUAGAUGAAAUCAAUUUAGCAUCUGCAGAUACUCUCGAGAGUAUAUCUGAGUUGCUUUCAGACACCUCUUCUAGAAGUAUUCUACUGUCAGAAAAAGGUGAUGCAGAACCUAUUAAAGCUCAUCCUGAUUUUAGAAUCUUUGCUUGUAUGAAUCCGGCUACUGAUGUGGGGAAAAGAGAUCUUCCAACUGGUAUUAGAUCUAAAUUUACAGAAAUAUAUGUUCAUUCCCCUGAUCGUGAUAUUACUGAUUUAUUAUCAAUUAUUGACAAAUAUAUUGGAAGUUUCAGUGUAAGUGAUGAAUGGAUCGGAAAUGACAUUGCUGAAUGCUACCUUGAAGCUAAAAUACUUUCAGAAAAUAACCAAAUUGUAGAUGGUUCUAACCAAAAGCCUCAUUUUAGUAUUCGUACUUUAACACGUACUCUACUUUAUGUACGAGACAUUGUUAAAAUUUAUGGUUUACGCAGAUCUCUUUAUGAUGGUUUUUGCAUGUCCUUUUUGACACUAUUAGACGAAAAGUCUGCCAGUAUUCUUGAACCUAUAAUUGCAAAAUAUACUAUUGAUAGAUUAAAGAAUGCUAGGUCAGUUCUUCUUCAAACACCUUCAUCUCCUGGCCCAUCCUAUGUACAAUUUAAACAUUAUUGGAUGCGUAAAGGUCAAGAACAGAUCAAAGAACAACCCCAUUAUAUUAUUACACCAUUCGUUGAAAGAAAUUUACUUAAUCUAGUAAGAGCCACAUCAGGUAACCGCUUCCCUAUCUUAGUUCAAGGUCCAACAUCUGCUGGUAAAACGAGUAUGAUUAAAUAUCUGGCUGAUAUAACGGGUCACAAAUUUGUUCGUAUUAACAAUCACGAACAUACUGAUUUGCAAGAGUAUCUAGGUACAUACAUUACUGAUGAUGCUGGGAAAUUAGCUUUUAAAGAAGGUGUUCUUGUUGAAGCAUUACGUAAGGGUUAUUGGAUCGUGCUUGAUGAAUUGAACUUAGCUCCAACUGACGUGUUGGAAGCACUUAACAGAUUAUUAGAUGAUAAUAGAGAAUUGUUUAUUCCUGAAACUCAAGAAAUAGUACAUCCUCAUCCAGAUUUCAUGUUGUUUGCAACACAGAAUCCACCAGGUAUAUAUGGGGGUCGUAAGGUUUUAUCCCGUGCAUUUAGGAACCGUUUCCUUGAAUUACACUUUGACGACAUUCCCCAAGAUGAAUUAGAAAUUAUUUUACGUGAACGUUGUCAAAUUGCUCCAUCAUAUGCAAAGAGAAUUGUAGAAGUUUAUCGUCAGUUAUCCGUUGAAAGAUCUGCUACUAGACUAUUUGAACAAAAAAAUAGUUUUGCUACAUUACGUGAUUUAUUCCGUUGGGCUUUGAGAGGUGCUGUAGGCUAUGAAGAACUUGCUGCCAAUGGUUAUAUGUUAUUAGCUGAAAGAUGUAGAUCUCCUCAAGAAAAAAUCACUGUUAAAAAGACUUUAGAAAGAGUUAUGAAGGUUAAACUAGAUAUGGACCAUUACUAUGAAAAUCUAGAGGAUCCAAAUUUACAAAAAUUAAAUUCUGUUAUAUGGACUAAAGCACUUCGUCGUUUAGCUGUAUUAGUCACCAGCUCUUUAAAGAAUAAUGAACCAGUUCUUUUAGUGGGUGAAACAGGUUGUGGUAAAACCACUGUAUGUCAGUUGUUGGCUGAAUACACAGGAAAAAAACUAAUCACUUUAAAUGCUCAUCAAAAUACAGAAACAGGUGAUAUUCUUGGUGCUCAGCGUCCCAUUCGUAAUCGUUCAGAAUUACAACAUCAACUUAUUUCAUUGUUACAAAACAUCUUAAAUAAACCUGAGAUUAUUGAUUUAGAUAGCUUAUUAGUAGCCUAUGAUCAUUUCGACAAAUCACAACUCUCUGAAAACCAGCUUCAAGAUGUUAAACAGUUGAAGGAAAAUUUAAAUGUUUUAUUUGAAUGGAAUGAUGGCCCAUUAAUUCAAGCUUUAAAAGAAGGUAAUUUCUUUUUGUUUGAUGAAAUGUCAUUAGCUGAUGAUUCUGUAUUGGAAAGAUUAAAUAGUGUAUUAGAACCAGAAAGAAGUCUUCUUAUUGCUGAAAAGGGCUCAUCAGACAAUUUUGUGACUGCUAAAGAUGGAUUUCAAUUUUUUGCAACAAUGAACCCUGGUGGAGACUAUGGUAAAAAAGAAUUAUCCCCUGCUCUUAGAAACCGUUUUACCGAGAUAUGGGUUCCUUCUAUGGAAAGUUUUGAUGAUGUUGAGCUAAUUGUUAAGUGCAAGUUAAAACCUUCUAUAAGUGAAUUAACUAAAUCUAUUGUAGGUUUUUCUGAAUGGUUUGGUAAGAAAUAUGGUGGUGGAGAUGCAACUAGUGGUGUUAUAUCUCUACGUGAUAUUUUGGCUUGGGUUGAAUUUAUUAAUAGUACUGACAAUAAAUUAAAGAAUCCAGCUGCACAAUUAAUUCAUGGUGCCCUUAUGGUGUUUAUUGAUGCAUUAGGCACUAAUAACACUGCCUAUUUAGCUGAAAACGAAGUAAAUCUAAAAAGACAAAAGACAGAGUGUAUUGACAAAUUAAGCUCUAUUUUUGGUGACGACUUAUCCAUUUAUGUUAAUACUAGUAAUAAGUAUAAUUUGGAUAAUUCAGAUAUACAUAUUGGUAUGUUUAGAUAUCCAAAAAAUUCAGGUAUUGUUGAAGGUACUACUUUUACUAUUGAUGCUCCAACAACUGCAGGAAAUUUGAUGAGAGUUGUUAGAGCAAUGCAGGUUAAUAAACCAAUCCUGCUAGAAGGUAGCCCUGGUGUCGGAAAAACCAGCUUAAUUACUGCAUUAGCAAGCCUAACAGGAAAUAAACUAACCCGUAUCAAUUUAUCAGAACAGACUGAUCUAAUAGAUUUGUUUGGUUCUGAUGCUCCAGGUGAAAGAAGUGGGGAGUUUGUUUGGCAUGAUGCACCAUUUUUAAAAGCAAUGCAGGAAGGUCAUUGGGUUUUGUUAGAUGAAAUGAAUCUUGCCUCCCAAUCGGUCUUAGAAGGUUUAAAUGCAUGUCUUGAUCAUCGUGGUGAAGCCUACAUCCCGGAAUUAGAUAAAUCAUUCUCUAGACACCCUAAUUUCAUGGUAUUUGCAGCACAAAAUCCACAAUAUCAAGGAGGUGGUAGAAAAGGUCUUCCUAAGUCAUUUGUAAGUCGGUUCACUGUUGUGUAUGUUGAAAUGUUGACUGCAGAUGAUUUACUUUUAAUUGCUAAACAUCUUUAUCCAAGGAUUGAUUCCAAAAUAAUCCAGAAUGUUAUCCAUUUGAUAUCCGAACUAGAAGAAGAGGUAAGUAGGAAAAAGAAAUGGGGUAUUUCUGGAUCACCAUGGGAAUUUAAUUUACGAGACGCAUUAAGAUGGUUAAAAUUGCUUGGUAAAAAGGGUAUCACAGAUGAAAUAACUAUUUAUGACUUUUUUGACAUUAUUAUCAAGCAAAGAUUCCGUACGGAAGAAGAUAGAGCAAAGGCAAGUUCUUUAUUGAAUAAAGUAUUUGGUAAGAGUUCAAAGAAAUCAAAUUAUUUUGGAGGUCACACCAAUUAUAUCCAAUUUAACAAUGCAGUUGCUAAGAGAAAUCCCCAAUUCAGUUUUCCCUUAGCCAAUAAACUUUAUUCUUUAGAAUGUAAUAUUGAAUAUUAUGAAUCUGCAUUACGUUGUAUUUCAAAUAACUGGCCACUUAUCUUAGUAGGUCCUACAAAUUCGGGUAAAACAAGUUUGGUAACAUAUUUAGCUUCUGUCCUUGGAACACAAGUGGACAUAUUCUCAAUGAACAAUGAUGUAGACAGCAUGGAUAUAUUAGGUGGUUAUGAACAAGUCGAUUUGACAAGAAAAAUAUCCUCGUUGACUAAUGAAUUAAGGAUAUUUUUAAAAAAUAUUAUAUUUACCAACCUAAAAUUGGGUGAUACAAAAACUGAAGAAAUCAACAUAAGUUUGCGUUUAUUACAUAAUAUAUCGGAACGCUCCAUUACUGAGCAAACUUUCGAUCAAUUUUAUGCCUUAUUCAAGGAUUUCUAUAGUUGUGUCAGAAACAAUAUCACUUUGAAUAAGAUUUCCGAACAAAUUGAAAAAAUUAAACAUUUAACAGACAAGGUUACAGCAGCUAAAUUUGAAUGGUUUGAUGGUAUGCUAGUGAAAGCAGUUGAAGAGGGUAGAUGGUUAAUUUUAGAUAAUGCCAAUUUAUGCUCCCCAUCUGUGUUAGAUAGACUAAAUUCGUUGCUUGAAACGAAUGGUUCCCUUUUAAUCAAUGAAUGUAGUCAAGAAGAUGGGCAACCAAGAAUUUUAGAACCUCAUCCAAAUUUUAGGUUGUUUUUGACGAUGGACCCUAAAUAUGGUGAAUUAUCAAGAGCGAUGAGAAAUAGAGGCAUCGAAAUUUAUAUGGAUGACUUGAAUAACAGAGCAACAGCAUAUGACAGAAGGUGCUUAGGCUUUACAAGCAAAACAAUUAUAAAAGAACAAGAAGAUUCAUUAUCAAAAGAACUAGAUUCUUUAAGCAUCAACCCAAAUAGUUUACCAAAGCCACUAAAGUGCUUUAUUAUUCCAUCGUGUACACUUGCAUACUCUUUUUCAAUAGUACAUGAUGUAAUAUUAUAUUCUACUACAAACACCUCAAUUAAUGCUUUGGCUGGUUUAAUUACCUUUGAUAACUUAAAUAACAUAGAAGGUUGGACUUCGAAUGUAGUUAAGAUUAAUCACUAUUUCAAUGACUCAAGAGUUUCUGGUAUUUUUGACUUUAUUCACUUCCUGCAUACUUCAAAAAUUCUGGAAAAAUUAAAUGAUAUCUCACUAGCAACAGAAAAGAAUAUUCAUUUUAUAACCUCACUGGAAAAUAACACUGUAUCUCAUCAACAAUUAAUGCUACCACUAAAUGAAUUCUUAACUUCAGAACUAAUAAAAACCACACCUUUAGCAGUCUCAGCAGAAAUUAUUUAUUUGUUUAGUAUAUUAGAGAAACUAAGACAUUUACAAGCAUGCAUGAUUACUAUCGAAAAAAGAUCAAAAAUAUGUAAAGUAUCUGAUCUUUCUUAUAUUGAAAAGUGUGCUGCUAUAUUGAAUGGACGUCAAUUAAAAGAAAUAAUACGAAUUCCUAUUUUUUCAUUAUUAAAAAACCUUUUACAAUUUAUUAACCACAGUAUCGUUUCAAAACCUUUGUUUCCUACAAAUUUGUAUUAUAAAUUAUUUUGGUUACUCAUCGUUAUUUUAGAAAGUAUUUAUGAUUCUGCAUCUAAAAAGGAUGAGGCUCGAUUAAGAGUAUAUAAAGAAGUUUUAGAUAAUUGGUUGGCAUCUGCUACACAUAAAGAGGAACUGGAAAAUUUUAAAGAAAUUAUCAACAUCUUUGAUGGUUCAAUAAACUCACAAAGAGGCCACUCUAUGAGAAUACUUUGGGAACAUUUUAGGAUUACAUACCCUCAGACAUCAAAAGGAUGGAAAUUAUGGAAUAAUAUCGAAGAAUUAUGUGCUAGAUUUGACAAAGUAAAAAUGCAACAGUUUAAGGAAUCUAAUCAAUCAAUUGUUGCAAUUAUUGUGACGUUUGCUGAGUUAGUGGAUGAUGUUUUGAAGAAUAAUGUGACAGAUGUUGAACUUCUAUUCACCAACUUAAUAAAAGGUAUUAAUAAUUUAGAGGCAAUUUCUAACAGAUUUUUGAAUAGACGUAAGCAUUUCUUUUUAAAUGAAUUUGAUACCCUUUUAAGAAUCCAGUCGCUAUAUCAAGAAGGUUUAUCAUCAAUUCUUCAAAAUAUUUGCUCAAAUGUAAGCAUAUCCACUCACAAGCAAAUUAGGCUAACUGCAAGUGAUCACGCUUAUCCACCUGUAUUCGAUCUUCUAUGGGUGAAACAAGGAGAUAAGUACAUCUCACAUACAAGUGAUAUUAUAAGUGCUGCAUAUAUUCAGAAUAUAAUAGUUAAGACGAAUACAUUUGACAAGUUUAGUGGCAGUCAUAUUGAACAAACACUAAGUGAUGCUAAACUUCUUUUGACAACAACCAUUGAGUCAUCUAAGUAUCUCCUGAAAAAUCAUAUUUAUGAGUUGGGCCGUAAACUUCUAGCCUGGAUUAACAUAAUAGUCAAACUUCAUAUAAACGUUGAUAUUUCAGAAAUUAAUAAUCAAGAGAUAAUGAUGCUGUUUUCUUCUCCUGAAAAUAAACAUAUAGAUGGGGUUUAUCAAAAAUAUUUAAAACCUGCAUUGGAUAUAUUAAAUGAUAUCAAUAAGAGUCACCUUCUAGGUCAGGCGUGGAUUUUAUUCGGUAUUGCAAUGCUAAUAUUGUAUUCCCCUGAUGUUCCAUAUGAUCCUGCUGUACAUGAUUAUGUUUUAUAUGAUAUAUAUAUGAAACAUGUCAAUUAUUCUAAAAGUAUGAUCAACUCGUGGGAUGUAAUUAAUAAAGUGAUUAGUGGAGAUGAUGAAAUUCUAGUGAAAAAAUUGAUUGAAAUUCCAUCAGAUCAGGAUGCACCAAAUAAACCAAGAGUUUAUCGUUCUUCGUUAUCUGUUGACAAUUUAAUCGAUGAAUGGUCAGUUUUUUUCUCUUCUACAGUCAACCCAGAAAGACUAUCUGUAAUAUUUCCUUCUGUGAAUAAAUGGGAGCAAAUGAUUGACGGUGAGUUUGAAAUGUUUCAACAGAACAGUUCUAAUUUCUUAAAUAGACUCAACUCUGGUUAUCAAGCGUUUACAGAUCUUAAUGAUAUUUUUGCUGGCUAUGUCUUCUGUAUUAAGUUUGGAUUUGAUUUGAUGAAACAUUCAAUAAAAGAAAAUGAAAAAGAUACUAAUGUGACUAAUUUAUGGCCUGUUGAUAUUCUACAAUUAACCAGCAACAACUCUUUGGUUAACACAUUUACUGAACUUUCAAAACUAACAAAAUGCACAUCGGUUGAUGAUUUGAUGAGUGAAAAGACCAUGAUAUUUUUCAUGGAUAUUUUCAAAUAUCAUAAGUGCAGUAAAAGAUUAUAUAGUAUGUUUGAUAAUGUUUUACAAACUUUGUAUUAUAGAUGGUCUUUAAGGAGAAUGAAAGAAGAGCAAAAGUCGAUAGAAGAAUCAUCUAUUUUUAAAUAUGAAGACAAGACUGAAGAUAUUGAAGCAGAGUUCAGAGAAAUGUUUCCUGAUUAUGACAGUGCACUUUCAUUUGAAGAAACAAAUUCUUUUAAGAAUGUACAACAAAAUGAUUUAGAAAAAGUAUAUCAUAAGAUAGCUACAAUAUACAUGGAAAUUUUCUCAGAAGAAAAAUCCACUUCGAUUGAUCAACUUAUCAAAUCAGGAAGCAAACUUGUGGAUGUAUUUAUUAAUAACACACAAAAGUUGCUUAUUGGACAGAUUUCUCCUAGUUUAUUAAUGUCAUCAAUUACUAUUUUGUACGAUGAAAUAAAUAAAUACAGUGGACAAGAUGAUAAUGAAAAUCUUGAUUUUUACCACGAUUCUUCCGUUGUAGAGGCUAAAAAGGCUGCUACAAUUAUCAAUAAUAUUUGGUUGAAGAUAGCUUCAUUAUUACAACAAUGGCCUGAACAUGCGACUUUAAAUGACUUGUACAGGAUAUGUGAAGAAUUUUUAUCUUUUUCUGUAGAUAUACCUUUGGCACGUCAAUUACAGAAAAUUGAACAGAUAUACACAUUCAUGACUGAAUGGGAAAAAUAUGCAGCCUCUUAUGUAUCUCUAUCAACAUUAAUUGGUGACAUUACAAAUUUGAUUGUAUCUUGGAGAAGGUUAGAAUUGCACACAUGGAAAGGAUUGUUUAAUGCAGAGGAGAAGAAAAUUGAAAAAUCUAUUGGAAAAUGGUGGUUCAAUUUAUUUGAAGUUAUAAUUGCCACAUGUAAUGAGAAUGAAAAGGAUGAAAAUUCUCAGUUAACUACCCUAUUAAGUUCAUUAAAUAUCUUCUUUAGUAAGAGCACUGUUGGUGAAUAUUCUACUAGAAUAAGGUUGGUCAAAGCUUUUACCAACCAUUUGCAAUCCUUUAUGCCAUCUCGUUUAAAAACCGUUGAUGCGUUAGCCAAUAUUUUAUCAUUUUAUGAACAGUUUAGUCCAUUUAUUACAGAUUUUAUUUGUUCGAAGAAAAAAUCAUUAGAAAAGGAUAUAUCUGAGGUAAUUCUGUUAGCAAGCUGGAAAGAUGUUAAUGUUGAUGCUUUAAAACAAAGUUCACGUAAAUCCCAUAAUAGUCUUUACAAAUUGGUUCGUAAAUAUAGAAGUGUUCUUUCGACAAAUGCUACAUCUAUUAUUGAAGCAGGCUUACCUUUUGAUCAUAAGUUUAAUUUACAAAUGAAGCCAUUAUUUAAACCAUCUUUUCUUGAUAUUGAUCUUCAAAAUGCUAAGAGGGUGGUGAAUACGAUUCCUGGAUGGGACAACAGAAUAAAAACUUUAAGAAACAUUGAUUUGGUUAAGAAAAAUAUGGAAAAUUAUUAUGUUAAAAUUAAAUCGCAAUCUUUUCCUAAUUUUGAGCAGUUAGUUAGAGAUUAUGCGAGAGAAGCUGAUAGAUUACGCUCUGAAACCCCAAGUGUUUACAAGAAAGAAAUCAAAAAACAAUUAGCAGCGUUGAAAACACAAAAAACCAAGUUAUUGAGUGAUUCUUUAAAAGAAUUAAGAAGAAUCGGUUUAAAGACAAACUAUAGAGAAGAUAUACACAAGGUGCAGGGAACAGUUACUUCUAUUUUGGCUAACUCAUCAUCUUUCAAAGGUACUAUAAUGGAAUCGUCCGAUGGGUAUUACUUCAGAAUCUUAGAUAUGUUACCAAAACUUAGAAAUGCUGUUGCUAAUCCAGCGGCUGAUGUUCCUAUGGCAAGCAUUGAAAAGGGUAUGGCUAUUAUGGAAAACCUAUUAUUUUCAUUAAUUACAACCAGAAAAGUAAUGGUGACUUUGGCUAGACAGUUUGAAAAAGUUGCUAAUAUCAUAGAAUACCUUGAAUGUAUUUCAACUUCAACGGGCUACAUUAAACAAUCUUCUUUACAAGUUGACGUCAAUAAUGUACGUUAUAUUAGUUCAUGGUUGCCCAAUAUCCUCGAAUAUGCCACAACGAAUUUAACUAUUAUUGGAUUAUUUUCUGAACAGUCACUCGAUACAAGUUUACUUCUUCAAACUACUCUUCGCUUAAAGGAGUUUCGCUCACGUAUUGAGAAAGUUCAAGUCUUUGAUUCACAGAUAUCUAGUUUAAUCUCGGAUUACCAAGAAUUUAUCAACGCUUUUCUUGUUCAAUUAAGAUCAAGCCAAAAUUCGUACUGUUUUUUUGUCUAUAAUGUCAUUGCCGAUUGGAUACAACAAAAUACAGAAAUAUCUGUCAAGGAUGAAGAAUUCUCAGAACCUGCUAUCCAAGAUUUUGAUCAACUUUUCCGUAAAGUAUAUACAACUAUUAUCUUAGCAUUCCAAAAACUGAUGGAAAACGAUUUUGCCUCAGUUACUGAAGAAGACGACAAUUGGUUAGCAAUGAAAUCCAAGUCUAUUGUAUCGUUGAUUAAAUCAUUACAUACAGCUAAAGUAAUCUAUAACUUACAAUGUAUCACCAGUUUAAUUGACUCUUCUAAUAUCUCAGUUACAACAUCUAUUAUGCUAAGGGCGAUUACUACAUUUACUCUACCUGUAAUCAAUCAAUAUUUUAGUACAUUACAAUGUAUUAUGGAAAAAUCAAGAUCUUACUAUGUUGAUAUAAGUCAAGGUUCAUACAUUUUGGCUAACAUAUUACACAAUUUAGCCAAAAAUGGGUUCUGUUCACCACAACCUCCUUCUGAAGAAAUAGAUGAUAACAACUUAUAUGAGGGUACGGGUCUUGGUGAUGGGGAAGGUACACAAAACAAUUCUAAAGACAUUGAACAAGAUGAGGAUUUAACUGAAGAUGCUCAAACUGCUAAUCAAGAUCAAAAAAAUAAAGAUGAUAGGGAUGACGAAGAUGAAGAUGAUGCUGUUGACAUGGAAGGCGAUAUGGCUGGUGAAAUUGAGAACUUGUCUGAUCAAGAUGACAAGAAUGAUGAGAAUGAUAUGGAAGAAGAAGAUGAAUUAGAAGAUAAGAUUGAUGACCUUGAUGAAGAUGAUCCAAACGCUGUUGAUGAUAAGAUGUGGAAUGAAGAAGCAGCAGAAAGUUCUAAGGAAAAAGAGACAGAAAAUCAAUUAGACUCCAAAGAAGAGAAUGAUGUUCAAGCUGGUGAUGAUAAAGAUAAUAAUGCAAAUAAUGGUGAAAAUGAGAGCCAGAAUGUGGAGGAAGAAGAUGAAAUGAAUAAGAAUGAACAGAAGCCAGAUAUUGAGGAAACUAAAACUGAUAAUGAUAGUAUGCAUGAAAAGGAUGGCGAUGAGCUUGAAGAAGAUGAGAGUGCUGAUGAAGAAGAAGAUGUUGGCGAACAAGAAGACGAAGUAAGAAAUGAAGAUGGUGAAAAGAUGGAUGCUGCUGUUCCUGAAGUUGAGACAAUGGAAUUGCCUGAUGACUUAAAAUUAGAUUCUGACGAUGAAAAAAACACUGAUGAGGAAGUUACAGAUGAUGAUGAAAUGAAAGAUAAUUUCGAUAAGAUGAAUGAGGAUGAAGAAGAGGAAUUGAAUGAAGAAAAUAUUGAUGCUGUUUCUGAAAACGAACCAGAUUCCAUGGAUAUUGAUGAAGAUAAUGAUCAUAUUGAAGAUGAAUCUAUGGAAGUUGAAAACAAUGAGAAUGAAGCUGGUGAAAAUGACAAUGAUGAAAAUAUGUCAAAUGAAGAGAAUCUUGAUAAUGAGAGUGAGGAAGAAUUAGGUCAAGAUCAAGAUCAGUUGAUUAAUGAAAAGCAGGAGCUUGGUGGUGGUGAUAAUAUGGAUAAUCUAGAAGGUUUAGAUGGUACUGAAGAUUUAUUGCAGGAAGAGUCAACAGAUGUAAAUGCUGCAGUACAACAACAGUCUGGCUCUAAGGGAUCAGGAUCUACAUCUAAGGAUGUAGAAGAACAAGAGGACAUUGGUAGUUCUGGUAAUACACAAAAUGCAUAUAGAGAAGAACAAGAAAAAGAACAAGCAGAUAAUGUUGAUGACACUAGGGAGGAAGCUAAAGAAGCAUUGAAACAACUCGGUGAUAGUUUGAAAGAGUUCCAUAGACGUAGAAAAGAGAUUAAAGAGAUGAGUGAGAGAACUGAAGAAGAACAAGAAGAAACUGAUAAGAAGGCUAAUGAACGUGCUGAUGAUUUUGAACAUGUUGAUGGUGCUAAAACUGAAACUGAUACACAAGCACUUGGUGCCGCUGAUCAAGAUGAAGUACAGGCCAUUGAUGAAGAUAAAGCCAUUGAAGAAGGACAAGAAGAGCAUAAAGAAGAUAUGGAUCAUGAUAUGCUGCAAGAGGAAAAUGAUAAUGAAAGUGAAGAGCAUCUGAAUGAUAGAUUAGAUUCUGAACAAGAUGAAAAUGGGGAAUUACAAGAUGGUAAAGUUGGUGGUGUAUUUUCAAACCAAAGGGAUGAGGAUGUUGAUAAUGACGAUUCAUUGAAUAAGAAUGGUAAUAACGGAUUGAUUGAAGAUUUUUCGAAGGAACAAGAACAAUAUGAAAAUGAGAUAGAUAUGUUAUUAGAUGAAGUGGAUAAUAAAGUGACAGAAGAAAAUCAAUUUGAUGUUCCACCAAGAGAUAUUGAUGAAGCUCGUAGAAUAUGGAAUCGAAGUGAAAUCUCUACAACAGAACUAGUAUCAAGAUUGGGUGAACAAUUAAGAUUGAUCUUGGAACCAACAUUAGCCACAAAAUUAAGAGGUGAUUAUAAAACAGGUAAAAGAUUGAAUAUGAAACGUAUUAUUCCAUAUAUUGCAUCUCAAUUCCGUAAGGAUAAAAUAUGGUUAAGAAGAACUAAACCAAGUAAACGUGAUUAUCAAAUCAUGAUUGCACUGGAUAAUUCCAAAUCAAUGAGUGAAUCUAAUUGUGUGAAAUUAGCGUUUGACAGUUUAUGUCUUGUAUCAAGAACUCUAACACAAUUGGAAGCUGGUAGUUUAUCUAUUGUGAAAUUUGGUGAACAUUCACGUGAAGUCCAUUCAUUUGAGCAGCAAUUUAGUAAUGAAUCAGGUGUAAAAGCAUUCCAAUGGUUUGAUUUCCAAGAUACAAAGACAGAUGUUAAGAAAUUAGUGGCUGAAUCAAUUAAGAUCUUUGAAAGGUCACGCAGUUUAUCAUCUAAUUCAGAUCAAUGGCAAUUAGAGAUCAUUAUAUCCGAUGGUAUUUGUGAAGAUCAUGAGACUUUACAAAGAUUGGUACGUCGUGCACGUGAGAAUAAAAUUAUGCUUGUAUUUGUCAUAAUUGAUGGUAUUACAUCCAAUGAAUCUAUUUUAGAUAUGAAUCAAGUUAAUUACGUUCCUGACCAAUAUGGUAAUCCUCAAUUAAAGAUUAACAAAUAUUUGGAUACAUUCCCAUUUGAAUUCUAUGUUGUGGUUCACAACAUCUCUGAAUUACCUGAAAUGUUAUCAAUUAUUUUAAGACAAUAUUUUUCUGACUUAACAUCUUCAUAA